AUGUUGUACUUGGUCGGCCUUGGGCUGUCUGAUGAGACGGAUAUUACCGUCAAGGGUCUGGAAGUUGUUAAGAAGGCCUCGCGCGUCUAUCUCGAGGCCUACACUAGCAUCCUGCUUGUUGACCAGGCUGUGCUGGAAAAAUACUAUGAGCGCUCGAUUACCAUUGCUGACCGAGAAAUGGUCGAAUCUAACAGCGAGGAAAUUCUGCGCAAUGCGCAAGAGGAGGAUGUCGCAUUCCUAGUCGUUGGGGAUCCUUUUGGUGCGACAACGCAUACCGACCUCGUGCUCCGUGCUCGCGAAUUAAAUAUUCCCGUACGAACCGUUCCAAACGCAUCCAUCAUGUCCGGCAUUGGCGCAUGCGGCCUUCAGCUGUACAACUUUGGCCAGACGGUGUCCAUGGUCUUCUUCACCGACAACUGGAGGCCUGCCUCAUUCUACGACAGAAUAAAGGAAAACCGUCAGAUCGGUCUGCAUACGCUCAUUUUGGUCGAUAUCAAAGUCAAGGAACAGAGCUGGGAGAAUCUUGCGCGUGGUCGCAUGAUUUAUGAGCCUCCCCGCUACAUGACGGUAGGCCAAUGCGCCCAGCAAAUGAUUGAGGUCGAGGAGGAGCGCAAGGAAGGCGUUUAUACCCGGGAUUCGCUCGCUAUCGGUGCAGCUCGCGUUGGCGGCAAGACAGAAAAGUUUGUUGCGGGCACACUGGAGGAGCUGUGCUCACAGGACGACGAGCUAGGCCCGCCGCUUCACAGUCUAGUCCUGCUGGGCAGACGAGCGCAUGAGCUGGAAAGUGACUUUGUCCGCCACUUUGCGGUCGACAAGGAGAAGUGGGACAGGAUUUGGAAGGAGGAAUACGGAAAGCAAUAA